AAUGAGAUCAUUCGUAAACCAAACUCUACACUGCAAUACCAAAAAUAUAACAAAUCAUGAGAUCAUUCAAGAGUCAAAAUUUUCAAGCCCUUAUUUCUCAAGGACCCCACACAGACGACGCAUUUUCCUUCGUUAAUGCUUCACGGAAGCAUCUUGUAAAGCUAAAGGGCAAAGAUUUUAUGGCUUCUUACAACAGCAUUCACCAAGAGGGAGUUGAGAAGAAAGAGCCAACUCCUCUGGAAAAACAUGUUAUGUUCUUUGAUAUCAACAAGGAUGGAGUUAUUUACCCAUGGGAAACUUAUCAAGGUUUCCGGAAAAUAGGAAGUGGUAUUUUUCUCUCCGUUUUCGCCUCCAUUUUUAUUAAUGCUGGCCUCAGUCGCAAAACUCGACCUGGGAAGUGGCCUUCUUUACUGUUUCCUAUUGAAGUGAAGAACAUCAAAUUAGCAAAGCAUGGCAGUGAUAGUGGAGCCUAUGACACUGAAGGAAGGUUUGUUCAGGAAAAAUUCGAAGAGAUAUUCAGGAAACAUGCACGUUCAAAUGGAAACGCCUUGACAGCCCAGGAAUUGGAUGAAAUGCUUAAGGCAAAUGAGCAACCAAAGGACUCUAAGGGACGCAUUGCUGCUUUAUCAGAGUGGAAAAUCCUUUAUUUCCUUUGCAAAGACCAGCAUGGAUUGUUGGGAAAAGAAAAGGUUAGAGGUGUUUAUGAUGGUAGCCUAUUUGAACAAAUGGCCAAGGAGCACCAAUCAAAGAAUUGCAAGUUAAAUUGAACAGGGAAAAAAUUGUGAUAUAAUUUUAUUUUCACUUCAGAGCUACAUCAAGUUCAUAAAAAUGGAGGGCUCUUGAAAUCGUCUGCUGCAGUUGUGCCUUGUGUGUAGCUAUAACCGUAGCAACAAUGAAACAAGAAGUACAGUUAUCAUACAUGGAGUGUUAGCUGGAAUCUGGUGGAUUUUCAUAAUAUUUGUAAUUGUGGAAUAUUCUUUGAAUUGUGUGGAUAGGAAGUGAGUUUGUCUCAUUUUAUGACACUUUAAUUGUUUGUUCUUUUUCUCUUUUUCUUGUUAUCUAAUAAAUUUUUUAUCUUUUUUUUUUGA